CGUAGCCUUGAUUUCCGGCAACAUUGUCGAACAACGUUUUUCAACUUACUCGUACAUUGGUAGAGUUCAGUUUAGGUGCCCCCACUUUAGGAAUCGCAAUCUGUUUGCUUAGCCAGUAAGUUUAUUUUGCCGGCAUUAUUAUGCCCUAAUGCUGAUUAGAAUAUUUUCGUUGUCUAACUGAUCGAAUACAUUUUUGAGAAUUUCGCUGCUGACGCUACGGCAGGGUGAAGUCACGACUGGCUGCCAGCAAAAGGGAAGUACCGCACCUGAACUUACAAUUGUUAGUUAAGAAUUUUUAUAAUUCCCCGUUGGAAGUUGCAAAAACUUUAUAGCAGCGCUCCCGUUUGGAAUGACAUUAGACGCUAUUCUAAAUACAUUACCAAUUCUGGGGUCGUACUGACCAAAUUUUACACCAAUACGUUCCCCGAAAAGCGUUUGUUUGUCAUUCGUCCCGAGACGCGGCAACUUGGUUGGACUACGCAUUUGCAGUAUUGCCAUCAGCAGCCUCUCGAAGACUUCGUGGAUAUUCGUAACAUCAAAGAUGUUCGCAAAGACCGAAUAUCCCGGGAAUUUGAGCAAUCAGCUGCGUAUGCUACGCAGUAUUUGCAUACUGUGGUGGUGCACUAUGGAGCCGAGUUUUGUCUAAAUACCCUCAGCUGUGCUGGCGAAUCCAUGGAGACCAUUGAUGACUUUGUUAAAAUUUUACUGGCUUUGGUGGAGAUGUGUCAGCGGUCAAGAAAUCUGCCAUACAGCAUACAUCUGGAAAGGUGGCUUCGCAAAGAAUGCAAUCAUCUGAGCCGCCGAACAUGUAUCAGUUUUGCCGAACUCAGAAAUUUCCUGUACCGUGCCAACUACAGAUCGUUGAGCGGAGGUACUCUGGAAUAUCUUUUUGCGGAAAUGGAUGUUAGCCGUCGCGGGGAACUUGAUUUCCAGGGCAUUCUCGCCAUAUAUCGCCACCUCUUGACCGUGGAACAGGUUUUUGUGAUUUGUUUUGGAGCUUGCUCGAGCAACCGACAAACCGUUAAGCACAAAGAAUUUCAGCGCUUCCUGCUUAAUGAACAGCACGAAGCCUGGGCGAAACAGCACAUCAAAGUGUCGGAAGUUAUGGACCAAUUUCUACAUGCAAGCCGCCGAAUUUCCCAUGCCGGACCCAUGACUUUUACCCAAACAGAGGCUCUGGAUUAUCUGUUUUCGAGGCAAAAUACAAUCUGGGAUGUAAGCUAUGAUCGCAUUUAUCAGGACAUGGACCAGCCGCUGACAUGCUACUGGAUUAAUUCGUCCCAUAACACAUACCUCACCGGAAAUUCCUUAACAAGUGAUUCGGAAGCGGCAGCGUAUGCGCGAUGCUUGCGGAUGGGUUGUCGCUGCAUAGAGCUGGACACAUUUGACGGACCGAACAAUGAGACGUGGAUCUACCACGGUGGCACACUUACCUCCCGGGUACGAUUCUACGACGUUGUGGAGUGCAUACGCGAUCAUGCCUUUAUAUCUUCUGACUAUCCUGUGAUAUUGUCCAUCGAAGACCACUGCUCGCUACUCCAACAGCGUAGAAUGGCACACAUUUUUCGCAGUGUACUGGGAGAUCUUCUUCUUACUGAAGCCAUUGACCCUGAAGAAAGGCAGAUGCCGUCGCCUAAUCAACUAAAGCGAAAAAUCAUAAUUAAGCACAAGAAGAUCCGGAAAAACGUGGAAACCAAAGAACGCAUUCCGGUUGACUCGCCAGGAAACGAUCAUGUUCUCCGUCGGCUGGAGUCGUUGGAUGACACCUGCUACGGCAGCGGUAUAAUGUUUCUGCAAGACCAGAACAGCGACGGAUGGACUCCGCAUUUCUUCGUCUUGACAGCCACAAAUUUAUCUUUUAUGGAACAACCAGCAGAUGCCGAUGAUGGUCUUCACGCAAAGACUCGGUUCUCUCGUGAAUCUGUUACAACUGCGCCAUAUUUCGCAACGAAUUCACAUGUGGAUCAACCGUGGUUUCAUGGCAGACUUCGUGGAGAAAAGGCUAAGGAGAUGAUUUUAUCUUCUGCACAUUUGGGAGAUGGGACGUUCCUCAUACGCGAUAAUACAACUUACAUGGGGGAUUAUAUGCUGUCGUUUUUUAAUAAAGGUCAGGUCUGUCAUUGCCGCAUCCAUUACAAACCAUUGACAGUGCCAAGCUCUACUCUGACCUCAAGCGUACCUGUGACGGGAUCUGGUUGUGCGAAAGAAACCAACAAAGUUGACAUCGAUCGUGUGCUGACUUCACGACGCUCAGCAAAAUAUCAGUAUUUUUUAGUGGAAACGAAAACUUUCGACAAUCUUUGCGAUUUUGUUACAUUCUACAUGAAGUACGCAAUUCCAUGUGGAGAAAAAGGUGUCGUUCUGUGUGGAUACGUUUCCAGAACCCAAAUCUGUAGGGAUAUAAACAGCUGGCAACAUGGCGAAACGGUUCCCGAUUCAUGUGAAGCGCUACUCACGUAUACAGCUCAAAAGCCGGAUGAGUUGUCGUUUCCUAAAGGAGCCAUCAUUACCAAUGUUAAGAAAGUCGAAGGCGAAUGGUGGAUUGGCGAUUACAACGGCACGGCGCAGCGAUGGUUUCCUUCUGGUUACGUGCGCGAUAUAACCGAAGUUGUCGCCGAUCAACAACGCAGUCAGUACAUCUCUUACGGCAGGGAUGCCAUUUUUGGCGUACAGCAGAAAGGAUCGUUCGAUGUGAAGGACUGUAUAGUCCAAGAAGUGCCUGAAGGCUUCAACGGGAAACCCUUCGUUUUCCGACUGACCAUCUCCCCCAACGGGCCUAGACCGGAUGUCGUUAAUUUGGCUUGUGGUACUGCCGAGGACAUGGAGAAUUGGACAAGGGUUAUCAGACUUGGCGUGGAUCUACUUAAUGAACAACGUCGGCUGAUACAUGAUCAAGAGGCCAAGUUCAACUGUGCACGAGAACUGUCUGAUUUGAUCGUCUACUGUCAGUCUACAAAAUCUAAUGUUCCUUUUGAUCAGCAGAGUGCGGAUGUGGAUUUUCGCUGCAUGCGGUCAUUCUCUGAAAUUCAGGCAGAGAAAUGGCUAACACCAGGAAAUUGCAAGGCAUUUUUGCGGUACAAUCAGACUUGCUUCAGCCGGAUUUAUCCCAUGGGGGCCAGGGUUGAUUCUUCUAACUAUGAUCCAACACGACUGUGGAACUGCGGAUCCCAGAUGGUGGCUUUAAAUUUUCAAACCGCAGAUGCACCUUUGCAUUUGAAUCAAGGGAGAUUCAUGCAGAAUGGAGGAUGCGGAUAUGUCCUGAAGCCGGGCUUCCUGCAUAGCGAAGACUAUGAUCCUUGCGAAGCAAAGACACUGAAGGGCGUUGUCGAGCCAAUCGUUCUUUGUGUCACGAUAAUUGCUGGUCGCCAGCUCCUAAAAUCUGGAAAGGGUAUCUCUAGUCCUGCAGUACAAGUGGAAGUUACUGGUGCCGAUUACGACUGCAAAAAAUUCCGAACCAAGGCCAGCGACAAUGGCUUCCGUCCGGUAUGGAACGAGACUUGCGAGUUUGAUAUCCAUAAUCCAGAUCUGGCACUAAUUCGUUUCGUCGCUCUGGACACGAAUGUUAUAUUUAGCGACCACAAUCUUGCUGCAAUGGGGCAAGCUGCCUUUCCUGUGCGGUGUAUUCGAAAAGGAUACCGAUCAGUACCGUUGAAGAAUGGAUGGGGUGAAGAACUGGAACUGUCUACGCUGCUAGUGCGCAUUGAGAUAAAAAAUCUUUCUGAAAGUAACAAAGAUUUCACGGAAAUACACAAGCUUCGCCAAGAAGAGCGCUACUUAAGCCGACAGAUAGAAAUCAAAGAAGUGGAACAUUUGGGUCAAGAAGUUAAAGAACUCGAAACCAAACUGCGGCAGAUUAAAAGUCUGUUAUCGUUCAAAUCGAAGGAGUGUUUAUCGAAAUCAAACGAUCGUGGCUCUACCAAGAAACCGCUCCUUAGACGACUGAGCAGUGCGACUUCCGGUAUCAGAAGACUUUUCUCGCCAUUUCAAGACGAAAGCGUAGCAAACGUAACCAUCGAAGCGAAUGCUACUUCAGCCUUAAGAACUGACUGCGCAAGCGAAUAAGGGAGCCAUGGAGAAGUUUUAUUGUUUAUGACAGUUCUACAGAAACAUUUAUAAGUACGAAUCUGAACGUGUAUACGAGAGUGUAAACAGCAGUCUCAGUGUGUUAUCGUACUCAUUAUCAUUUACAAGGUACUCAAUAAUUCAAAGAGAAUAUGAUGUCGAUUAAAAUUACUCUAAUAAAAGUAGUAACAAUAAAUAAUAAAAAGUAU